UGAAGGGCACUUCAGCUGCAUCGAAACUGAGUUUGUGGCCUUGAAGGCAUAUUCAAUACUUUGGUGGCAGGAUGAAGUUUGAGGAUGUUCUUUUGGAAGUCAAUGGUUUCGGACGAUACCAGGCGCUCAUCUUGACCCUUAGCUUUCUUGGCCGUUUCAGUUUACCAUGUCAUUUCAUGUUAAACAAUUUUAUAGCAGCUAUUCCAUCACAUCAUUGCGACAUCAAUGGUCUGGACACCGAUGGUGCCUUCGCCAAUCUCACUGCUGAGCAGAGGCGGACUGCCAGUAUCCCAUUAGAACAAGAUGGAGAACCCUCAUCCUGUCUGAUGUUUUCCGAGCCCCAGUUCCACCUGCUGUCCAACUCCUCCAACACCACCGACCUUCCUGCUGCUGAGCUGUGCCAGAAUGGAUGGGUAUUUGACAACAGCACUUUCAAAAGCACUCUUGCCUCAGAGUGGGACUUGGUGUGUAAGAACAAAGGCUUGAACAAAGCCACAGCCACCAUUUUCUUCAUAGGAGUCAUGUUUGGAGCUUUGACUUUUGGGAGCCUCAGUGACAGGUAUGGAAGGAGGAAUAUGCUGCUUGUCUCCUACAUAUUGGGGAUGGUCUUUGGAUUGAUCAGUGCCUUUUCUACCUCCUACAUAAUGUUUGCUGUGCUGCGGUUCCUCACUGGCUUCGGUAUCACUGGCAUACCCAUUGUCUCCUCUGUGCUAGUUGUGGAGUGGGUCGACAUUGAACACAGAAAAUUGGUGGGUGUUGUGGACAGCUUAUCAUGGACAUUUGGGCAUCUCACUUUCCCCCUCAUCGCCUAUUGCAUCAGAGACUGGAGGUGGCUUACCAUUGCUGUGACGUGUCCAGUCAUUCCAGCCAUAAUAUCCUGGUGGUGGGUUCCAGAAUCCGCCAGAUGGUUAAUUGCCACGGGGCAGCUGGAGAAGGCCCAGUAUUAUCUGCAUAAAUGUGCCAGAAUGAACCAGAGAGAGGCGACCUCCACUAAACCUGAGAACCUUGCCUUGAUUGUACAGCCUGACAAGAGUGGAAGGAAGUACACUUUCUUGGAUCUAGUGAGGACACCAAAAAUGAGACAACUGUCAAUAUUGACAGGCCUUACAUGGUUUGGGGUUGCUUCAACAACCUAUGGAAUCCGUUUUAACAUCACAGGAUUCGGAGUAGACAUGUACCUCACGCAGUUCAUAUAUGCCGCCAUUGAUCUUCCUGCGAAAUUCUUGGUGUACUACCUGCUGGAAAAGUUUGGUCGCCGCAAAACUGAAGUAGGAUCUCUCUUUCUGACGGGUGUCUGUCUUGGUAUUAACAUAUUUGUUCCCAAAGCUCAUGCAGCGGCACGGACCAUAGUAGCAACUCUGGCUAAAGGCUUCUGUGGCGUGUCUUUUGGCACAGUGGUUCUCUACUCCUCGGAGCUGUACCCUACAGUAAUCAGGCAAAAUGGGAUGGGCUACAACUCCUCCAUGGGUCGACUAGGAGUGGCAGUAGCUCCCUUGAUCCUGCUCCUGGAUGAUAUCUGGGCCAGUCUUCCUCAGGUGGUCUUGUGCUCUAUUGCCAUUCUGACCAGUCUGAUUGCCAAUUUCCUGCCAGAGACCCGGGGCAAGUGCCUACCAGAGACCAUUGAAGACAUUGAAAGACCCAAGGUACUCGUGUCAGAGACUAAUGAAAAGGUGUGACACAAUUGGAUUUCCAGUUACCAAGAUGGAAGGAACAACUUGCGAAUAAUCUUCAAUAAAUGUUCAAUUUGCUGGCAUGCUACACUGAACUACUUCCACAUUGACUGAUUUGUCCAUAGGAUGAACCUUUGUGGCAAAUGCUCUGCUAAUUGCAAUGUUACGUCUUUACUGUACUUUGGUGAGGACAGUCAGGGACUGCCCGUUUUUCCGAAGCUCUUUUGUUCCGACCUCCCAAUAAUCUGACAAUUUCUUCAAAAUUUCGUAAGAGCUUCUCGAUUUGUUGUUUCACUGACAUGUAAUUUUGAAAUGUAAUGGAGGCAAACAACUGCACAUACAGCAGCAAAGGAGUCUGAAGAGAUAAUCCUUGUACUGACGUUUCCUCACCAAAAUAAUGGGAUAACAUUGCAGGGUGUUAUUUCAGAACUAGAACACAUUGAAUGUUGACGUUGCUGAACGCAGCCAGAUGAUGUAAAUCAGGUUACAUUGAACGACCUUGAUGCAUGAAAUGUGCUAUAAACCAUACCUGUA